AUGGAAAGUAACUUCAGAACACUUCUUGUGCUUCUCUCAUUAGUAGCUCUCGGAAGCUGCGAGCUUAAAAAGAUGGAAGAAAAUUCAAUUUCAUUCGACAGUUCACUUCCUCCACAAAUAAGAAAUCUGAAUUUAUUGAAAAAACAGACAGAUGGAAUUAAAAGUCCUAAAAAUAAAGAAACAUUUUCAAAUGACGUUGAGGAAUUCGAAAACGUUCUACUUGAAUAUGCUGGAGAUAUUCUUAACCGAAAAAAUAUUACUAUUAUGCCAGGCGUGUAUAUCGAGAAGAUAUCAGCAAAUAUAACAAAUGAUAAAAUUGAAAAGAAAUCAUUUGAAGAGAAUUUAAUUUCAUCUGUUAAGGAUUACACAAGCACACACACUUUAAGGAUUGAUAUGGCACGAGCUUUGUCAGAUACUGGGCGAUUAUUUUUUUUCAAAGGCAAUUAUUUUAAAAAAAACGCUUCUUUUAUUUAUUUAGGAUUGAAAAAGUUCAUGUGGCCAUUAUUCAUUGGAAUGCAAGUUGUAAAAACAGUUCUUCUUGUACUCUUCCUUCCCAGUAUAAUUGGAUCCGUUGGAAGGAUUGUUGGCAAAGGUUUGCCAUCCCUUUCGGGAACAUUCUCACAAUUUUCGCAGCAAAACGCAAAUAUUGAAACGAUUGAUGAUUUAGAGUUCAAAGACAACUCCAUGAAUAGUGAUCACGAAGCGGAAGGAACAAUAAAUUCUGCCUAUCAAUACAACAUUCCAAAUUCAAAAAAUAACAAUUUUGUAUCGCAAAUGUAUGAUGCCGCUCAAACAAAUAAUGCUUUGUCACAGCUUGGAAUGGACCGUGUAAUGAAUGUUGAUAAUAUCAACAAAAACAACGGUUUCCUGUCAAAACGUGAUGACUUCAAAGUCUUCCAUGAUAUUCCAUCAUCAUCACUUCUUUUGACAAAUUAUGAUCCAUUCUACAGUCCCCUUUUAUCAAGACUUGAUGCCGUCUUCCAACAACUUGGUCUUGAUUCUGGGAAGGAUGAGAGCUGUCGAGAAAAGUUGGUUUGCUUGAUGUACUCAAAUCCUGCAAAAUAUGCGCCCUACUCAAAUUUAGUGUCAGCGCAGUUAAGCCGCGAACUAAACGAGCUGAGAAAACCGACAUCCGAUAACCCAGAUAUUUUACGAUUCUUCCGAUACAUGCGAUCCGCAAAGGAUGGCCAAGACGGCAUCGAUUGUGAAAUUGCUUAUAAGGAUUGUUUGACGUUCAAUGACAUGAGUGGACCGGCUAUGAUAAAUACAUUUAAUGAAAUAAAUAAGCUUGUUCAAGCCAGAAAGCUUUAAAAAUUUAUUUUAUUAAUGUUGUUGUUUGCUGUUUAUAUUAAACCACGGGAUCCUUAAGUCAUCAUAAUACCUCGAGCUUGUAAAUUUGUUAUAUACUUAUUAAUAAAAAAAAUCAUUAACAACUCAUGGCUGCAAAAAUUGAAAUAUUCCGAAGAUGGGAUCCCUCUUGGAGUUAAUAUCAACACGGGAUUGCUAAUACAAAAAGUCAUUUAGGUAAAUAAAAUCAUAAAAUCAAUAGCAGAAAUUUCUUAUUCAUCACUUUGCAUUUAGCAACGAUUCAUUCAUUUUAAAAUAAUGGAUUUAGUUGAUAAUUCUUUUUUGAUUUCAAAAGUAACUUUUGACUUAAGCCGCAUUAUUAAUUUACGUCUCUGAUGACGUGAAAUGAUUUUGAUUAAAGCUGUAAAAGAUUUUUGAACCUUAAGAUUAAUGAAAAGUUGUUGAAGAUUUCAUUAAACAUGUUUUUGAUUAAUAUUUAAGGCAUAUUUAUGUAGUUCAACAUUAUUUAUUUUAUUAAUAAUUAGCAUUUAAGGUGAUGAAAAAUGUCAAUAAUCAACAUGUAUUUGCUUUCGGGGUGAUGUGAAUUGAUCUUGCUUUAAAUGAAACAACCAAGAAAUUUUAAUUAAUAUUUUAUUGGCUUUCCUUUAAAGCAUGAUUAUUUUAAAUAAAAAAAUAUUGGAAAAUUUA